AUGGCUGACUCAGAGAAGCCUGGAGCAGCGGCCCGUGUGUCGGCCCGUCUGACUGGCCCUGCCAAGAGCGUGGACCACGAGACUCUACCGGAGUUUCUGGUGCGCGAAGAUGAGUGCUUGACUGAGCUCCAGCAGUCGCUGAAGCGAUCCAGGGAUCUGAGCGAAAGCCCGAGGAAGAUCGAGGAACCUCGAGGUGAACAAGAAGCGGCCGCGGACCCCGAUGCUGAGGACCAGGCGGCCGAGGAGGUAGUGAAUGCGGACCUCCGUGCCUUCACGAAGACCUCUCCGAGUUCCUCUCCGAAGCGAACCCCGACGAGAUCUGUGGCGUCAGCCCGCGAACACCCGGAGCGGCGGUGGCCUCCGAUGCGGAGGUCGAUGAUCGAACAAGCCGGGGUCCUCGUCGCGCACGGCCUCCAUCAUGUAGACGCCGUGGAAGAAGGUGAGCCGCGCGAUGCCAACUACCUCCAAGUGGUCGCGGCGGGAGCUCCGGUGUGCACCUCGGUGUUGCGCCUGCGGGAUCCUAUAGCUCAGAAGCCGGUUGUUAAUGAUAGUUUUCUCCUUGUGAAUCAGACGUAUGUGCCAAGUGGCGAUGUGCACAUCUCUGCAUUCUCAUCGCUUGAUGCUGUCAUUGAGGAUUAUGAUAUCACGGUGUUGCAUUCAGUGGCAUACCCAUCGGAGUAUGGGGCGUUUAAAGCUGCUGUGCUGCAAAUCAUUGCAUGGUUUGCCAAAACCACGAUCUUGGCAUGGAAUUUGAUGUGGAAGUACUCACUCAAUGCUGCAAGUGAGCGCAUGCAUUCCUCUGACGUGCAGAUAUGUCGCGCUCGCUUUGUUGGCAAGAGAAGGGUCAAAGCUGCUCGCAGUUUUUGGGUUGACAGGAUGCACCGUGCCGCGCGUUAUUCUGACAACUUGAUUAAGCAGCAGCUGUUCGAACCGUGCGCUGGCUCCUUUGAUAACCAGCCUCGCUUGCCUUUCGUUUAUAGGGGUGGGGGUAGGAAACCUUCCGCUAGAAAACGAAAGGAACAGAUCAUCUUCGAUGGUCUUUGCAAGUUGCUUCAAGCAGUGUCUGAAGAGCCAGAAAGUGAUCCUGAAGAAGCUCCCUCCGAUCCCGGGGAUCGGCUUUUGGAGUCACUCCAAGGGAUUGUCCGCCAAGCGAAGGCCAAUGGAACCAGUGGCCUUAUACAGAAAGUGAAGGCUCUUGUUGCUUCGUUUGAACAGGAGCAGCGAAAUGACAAGCCUCGUCCAGGCAUGCGUGUCACUUUCGCUGAAAGUGAGACAUCAGCCAGAAACCAGAGUGCCGCCUUGACACCUAGCGUGGAGCGUAAGGUUCAGGUGGCGGGCGCUCCUCAGCACGCGAACGCUCGGCCCGCUUCUCAGGCUGGUCCGAAGGCUACGGAAGCUCCAAAGCGUCCUGCCCCCGUGAUCGCGGGCAAACUGUGCCCAGAAUGGUGCAACAGCAAGGAAAUCCGUUUGAAAGAUCUCCAAUCGCUGCUUAAUGAAGGCUCAGAGCCAAGUGGUGAGUUCUGCCUGGCCACAGUGUCUAAAGUGACUGAGCUUGUGAUGCUGGCACAGACUCAUGGCCUCACUGCCAAGUGUGCUUUGCUGAUUCCUGCUCAUUGCAAGGAUGACAUGGACAAGAAGCUUUCCGCAACUCACAUGUGGGUGAAGAUUGUUGGAAAGGGUUGGAUCAAGUGCACUGCCGUUCCGCUCACCUCAAGCGGACUGCCUACAUGGCCUAGCCCUGCUCAGGUCACUGUAGGUGAAAAAGACUCUGUCGAUGCUCCUGUACAACUUACAGUUCGCAUCACAACCCCUAAGCGUUUUGUCACGGCUACGCUUUGGCAAGACCUUUUGAAGAAGCCCAACAAGGUUCUUGCAGACUUCCUUCCUGCAGGAGCUUUUGCCAGGUCGUAUGGCUGGAAGGUAAAAGAGGACAAGCUUGAUAGUCUCCUUGUGGGUUAUUUAAAGAUUCCCCAAGAACACGUCAAGACGCUUCUUGAUGUCAGUGGUCAAUGGGGCCUCUUCUUCAAUCAAGUUGCCCCAGCUCUUGCCACUGAGCUACCUGUUUCCUGGAUUAAGCCUAGCGAGAAAGAUCUUGAUCCCAGGGAAUACCUCAAGGAGGCCCUUGUAAAAGCCAAUGCUUCCAAAACCUGUCUUGCGUUCAGGACUGGAGGAGGCAGCAGCCUUGGUCUGCGUGGUGUAGCUCCUUCCGAAGGCCCUCGUCGCUGGAGCCUUCAGUCAGUUCCCAAGCACUGGGGUCCUGACACCGUCAAGCAGUUCCUUGAAAAACAAGGCUGGCAGGAUGUUGCUCAGUUGCAGUCUCCUAAGUACAAGUCUGGCAAGUGGACUGCGCUUGCCACUGCGCCUCAGCUGUACAAGUCACAAGAGAAGCUCAUUUACACAGUGGGCAAUGUAGAUAUGAUCAUUUCUUUGUGGAGGAAAGCCCCGAGGAAUUUUCAUGAAGAGCAUUUAGCCGUGUCUCAAAGCUGGUUUGAGAGCUCCAAAGCACCCGAGCCGGAUGCGGACAUGGAGACAGGUGUCGUCACUCCAACGCACAAAGAGGCCCCGCCUACUGUGCUGGAUUCGACACAGGAAUCCCCUGAGCCUGAGGUUCAAGGAAACAAGCGAAAGCAAGAAUCGCCUGCUAAGAAGACUAGGACAAAGAUUGCAGCUUGUCUUGCAAAUGACAAGUCCUUUCAGCAAACAUGGUUUGCGGAUGCUGGUGCCACUGUUGACACAGAAGCCGGCAAUCCUGCCACAACAUGGCAAGAGUACAUCGAGACUGUGAAGCGCCCGCACAAGUGGGCUGACAGCUGGAUGAUUCAGGCCGCUGCUGUGGUUCUCAAGACUGAAGUACACGUGUUCAAAUGGUGUCGCAGGAUGGACAUUUCACCGGAGUGGAUCCGGUUCUGGCAAACUGAAGAGCACCUGCUCAAGCUGGCUUGGGUCUCCUGCCUCUUCACGAGGAACUGGCCUUGCCCUGUGUGCAAGGUCGUCUUGACUGCCAAGGGCUCCAGUGAAAAAGCUGUCAAUGCCAAGCUUGGUGAGAUGAGGUGGGCGAAGGAGCAGGCCAUUGAGAAGCACCGUAAGGCGUGUGAAGUUGAGUAUGACUCGUAG